AUGCCUUUCAUUUUCCCGCAAACUAGCAGGAAAACCCGACGGAGAUAUGGGGCCUUCCCCGAGUUCCGUGCCGCACGGACCACGCUGGAAAUACCUGAACGGACGGAAGUACCCACAUACUCACCUUCGUUGCAGUCCACGCAACCCCUGCAAGAUACGGACUCCAUGGGCAGAAGAUCCCAAAAACCACAAUCAAGUGCGUGCAAAGACACCCAGGACAUAGGCGCCAUGUUACAGCGCCCGGCUGCCGCGAAGAUGGCAGAAUUCAAUGAUGGCUCAGAUGAAUCUGAGAGACCCACACCCGACCACAUCAAACAGAACCAGCAAGGGGAAACAACCUGA